AUGAUGGAGGAUCUGGUGGGACUCCGUGAGGGGGCCUCGGGGAAUCCUGUGGCCUUGCAGGAGCUGUGGGGUCCCUGCCCCAGGGCCCAGCGCCAAAUCCGAGGCCUCCUGGAGAGAACAAAGAGACAGCUCUUCCGGGUGGGCGAAGACUGGUAUUUCUUGGCUGGCCUAGGGGUGCUCAUGGCUAUCAUCAGCUUCGCCAUGAACUUUGCUGUCUCCAGGGUUGUCCAUGCACACAUGUGGCUGUAUCGAGAAAUCGGAGACAACCAUCUUCUCCGCUACCUCUCUUGGACUGUGUAUCCUAUAGCCUUGGUCUCCUUUUCCACCGGCUUUUCCCAGAGCAUCACCCCUUUUUCUGGAGGCUCUGGAAUCUCGGAAUUGAAGGUCAUUUUAUCUGGGGUGGUCCUGGAAGAUUACUUGGACAUCAAGAACUUUGGGGCUAAAGUGGUGGGCCUCACUUGCACCCUGGCAUCUGGUAGCACCAUCUUUCUUGGCAAAGUGGGCCCCUUCACACAUAUUUGCGGCAUGAUUGCUGCCUACAUGGGCAAGGUGCGCAUUUCAGCCCUCGGAGAGUAUGAGAACAAGAUCAAGCAGAAUGAGCUGUUGGUGGCGGCAGCAGCAGUGGGUGUGGCCACUGUCUUCGGGGCACCCUUCAGUGGGGUCCUGUUCAGCAUCGAGGUCAUGUCCUCCCACUUUGCUGUAUGGGAUUACUGGAGAGGCUUCUUCUCGGCAGUCUGCGGGGCCUUCAUGUUCCGGCUCCUGGCUGUUUUCAACAGUGAGCAAGACACCAUCACCUCCCUCUUCAAGACUAGCUUCCGAGUAGAUAUACCCUUCGACCUACCAGAAAUCUUCUUCUUUGUACUGCUUGGCUUUGUCUGCGGGAUCAUGAGCUGUGCCUACCUCUUUGGCCAUCGCCGAUUUGCAAUGUUUAUUCGGACAAACUGGAUAACCAAGAAACUGCUUGCAACAGACAAGGCGCUGUAUGCAGCCUUGGUGGCGCUGAUUCUGGCCUCCAUCACCUACCCACCCAGCCUGGGAAGAUUCAUGGCCUCCAGGUUGUCUAUGAAUAUGUACCUGGAUUCACUGUUUGACAACCAAUCCUGGGCUCUGCUAUCCCGGAAUUCCUCCCCCGAAUGGCCACCAGAAGUGGACCCCAACAACCUGUGGUUUGAGUGGUACCAUCCCCAGUUUACCAUCUUCGGCACGCUCUCCUUCUUCCUGGUCAUGAAGUUUUGGAUGCUGAUUCUUGCCACCACAAUACCCAUGCCAGCUGGGUACUUCAUGCCUGUAUUUAUCUACGGGGCUGCCAUUGGAAGAAUUUUUGGUGAGAUCCUGGCUGUGAUCUUCCCAGAGGGCAUCAAGACGGAUGAUGGGGUCAUAAAUACCAUCAUCCCUGGUGCCUAUGCCCUGGCAGGAGCUGCUGCCUUCUCGGGAGCAGUGACUCACACCAUCUCCACGGCCCUCCUGGUCUUUGAGCUGACUGGCCAGUUUGUGCAUGUGCUGCCCGUACUGAUGUCUGUGCUUGCAGCUAAUGUUGUGUGUCAGAACUGCCAGCCCUCCUUCUACGACAAUGGGAUCAUCUUGAAGAAGCUGCCCUACCUGCCCCGGGUCCUAGGCCGCAAGCUCGACUCCCACCGGGUGACUGCAGAACUUUUCAUGAACCCAGACAUCACCACCCUGGCCAAAGAUUCCUUCUUGGAUGAGGUGGUCAAAACGAUGACCUCCACUGAGGCUGCCGAAUACCCAGUGGUGGAGAGUGAAGAAUCCCAGCUAUUGGUGGGAAUAAUACGUAGGUCCCAGCUAUUGCCAUUCCUCCAGGCAGAGUCAACCAUCCAGGCACCUGGGCACCAGAGGCGUCUCCAUGAGGUCCUGGCCGGGGGCUGCCCUGUGGAGCCCGUGACGCUACAGUUGUCACCCCAGACUUCCCUACACCAGGUCCACAACCUCUUUGAACUCUUGAAAAUUCAGAGGAUAUUGGUGACAUCGAUGGGUCGAGUGGUGGGCUUCAUCUCCUGGGUGGAGCUGAAGAAGGCCAUUGCUGACCUGGCAAACCCCCCACCUCCUAAAUAAAGUGACCAGGUGGAGGUGGAGGUUGUGGAGUCCACCAGCCCCAUCCAGUUGGCUUGACCAAGAAACCAGGCUGCUGCUAUCUCUCCCUUGUUGUUUGUGUUACUAAUGACCCUUGGAUUCAUGGCAUCCUUAUUGCACUGACACUGCCCCCACCCCUAAGCCCACUCCCUUCUCCACUGGGUCAGAG